CAGAGCAGAUUUUUCUCAAAGUGAUUCGAACAUUUGCAAUAUUUCUAGUGAAACGGCCAGAACAGUAAGGUAGAAACGAACAGGAGUUUAACUGCUGUGGCUGGCGAUUUAUUUUGUCUGGAAUCAGGAUGGAAUCAAACGGAAAAGAUGGGAAAAAUGGUCUGGAAGGGGAUUCAGACCUUAACUUCCUGCUAAACGGUGGAGACCUCAUCAAGGUUCGCUCAAAAUCCUGGCAGAAGAGCCGCUUCAUUAAGCUGAUGGAAGACUGCAGGAGCAUUGGGUACCCGUCUGAGAAAAUCUUCAAAAGAGAAAAAACCUUCCUCCUCGAUGACAUUGACUGUGUGCGCCAGGGCCGCCAGUCUGACGGGCUCAUAAAAUACACCGACCCCAGCGAGGAGGAGAAGUGCUUCUCUAUCAUAUUUAAGAAAAAAGAGAAGAACCUUGACUUCAUAGCAUCCUCUAAGGAGGAGGCCCAACAGUGGGUCACCAGCCUGGAGAAGGUCGUCAACAACAUGCGCAACCUCAGCCACAAGCAGAGGAGUGAACACUGGAUUAUCGAGGCCAUGCGGAAAGCGGACAAGAACAAAGACAACAAGAUGAACCUGAAAGAGCUCAAGGUCUUCCUAAAACAUCUCAACAUUGACGUGGCUGACAUCUACGCAGAGGAAUUAUUUAGGAAAAGUGAUAAGUCAAAUUCGGGUACCCUGGAAGACACGGAGAUCAAGGAAUUUUAUGACCUCCUGACAUAUCGCGAGGAGAUAGAUGUGAUUUAUAAAAAAUAUGCUAAAACAGAUGGUGAAAUGAGCACCACUGACCUGCUGACGUUCCUGCUGAAUGAGCAGAGGGAGCAGGCAACCAUGGAGAGCGCGCUUAAGCUGAUUGAGAAAUAUGAAGUUGAGGAAACAGCAAAGCAGGAGAAGCACAUGACUAAAGAUGGGUUCCUAAUGUACCUCCAACAUGAGGAGGGAUCCAUCUUCAACCCAGCUCACUCAUCGGUGUAUCAGGACAUGAGUCAGCCCCUCAAUCAUUACUUCAUCUCCUCCUCACACAACACCUACCUGAUGGAAGAUCAACUCAAAGGGCCCAGCAGCACAGAAGCCUAUAUAAAGGCACUGAUGAACAGUUGCCGUUGUGUGGAACUGGACUGUUGGGACGGAGCCAAUGGAGAGCCGGUUAUUUAUCACGGCUAUACUCUCACAUCAAAGGUUCCCUUCAAAGAUGUCAUCAAAGCUAUUAAAGACUUUGCCUUCAAGAAAUCCAAAUACCCUGUGAUUCUGUCCUUGGAGAACCACUGUACAGUGGAACAACAAAAGCUCAUGGCCCAUUACUUGAUCUCCAUCCUGGGUGAUGAUUUGGUCACAAAGCCUUUGGGCAACACCAUGCCCACAAACUUCCCUUCACCAGAGGAGCUGAAGGGUAAAUUCCUGAUCAAGGGGAAACGGCUGAACAAACUGGACGCCAUGUUCUCCAACAAUAACACGGUUGAGGAAGAAAUGGUGUCUGAGGAGGACGAGGCUGAGGAUUGUAAGGAGAAAGAUCAAAAAGCAAAGCCAAAGAAAGCAAAGAUCAAACUCGCCAAAGAGCUUUCGGAUAUCGUCAUCUACUGUAAGAGCGUCCACUUCAGUGGAUUUGAACAUUCCAGAGACAACCAGUCCUUCUAUGAAAUGUCAUCUUUCAAGGAGAGCAAAGCCUUCACCCUGUCUGAGACUUCAGCCACUGCCUUUAUCCAUCACAAUAUCGACAAACUUAGCAGGAUCUACCCCGCUGGCACCAGGACGGACUCCUCCAACUACAACCCUGUUCCCAUGUGGAACGUUGGCUGCCAGUUUGUGGCUCUGAACUUCCAAACUCCUUCGAAGGAGAUGCACAUUAACCAGGGCCGUUUUGUGCAAAACGGUUUUUGCGGCUACGUCCUGAAACCUGAAUUCCAGAGAAGCCUGUCAUCUCAGUUCAAUCCCAACUCUCUCACCAAUGGGCCGUGGCUACAGAAGAAGAUCCUCCAUGUUAUGGUGAUCUCGGCUCAGCAGUUGCCAAAACUGAAGAAGGAUAAACAGAACUCCAUUGUUGACCCUCUGGUAAAAGUGGACAUUUUUGGGGUCCCUGCAGACAAUGACAGUCAGGAGACACAUUACAUCAAAAACAAUGGCUUCAACCCCAUAUGGAAUGUGAGAUUUGAGUUUGCUAUACAUGUUCCCGAGCUGGCCAUGGUGCGGUUCAUGCUGGAGGACUAUGACUCAACAUCCCAAAAUGACUUCAUUGGGCAGUACUGUCUGCCACUUACCAGCAUUCAGAACGGAUAUCGCCAGGUCCCGUUGCUCACCAAGAGGGGUGACAUCAUCCCGUCUGCACAACUGUUUGUGCAUACAAUGCUCCUGGAUUGUCUGUAGGAUUGUAUGGGAGAGAAAUCUAUCAUGCAUUCAGGGACGAGUUUUAAAAGCCAACAACAGAGCUGGGACCAAGUAUUGCAACUAGGCCUGUUAAAACUUUGUGCAAAAUACUUUCUGCCUUUUUUUUUUACAUAAUAUUUGAUAUGAGCUAUUGUAUUAUAACAACGUUAGAGGGAUUGAAACUGUGAGUGAAUGAGUGGGGUUGGAAGUUAUUUAAUGACAGUCAUUUAACUGUUUUUGCUCUCCUGGGAGAAUAAUUAUUGUACAUUUUACAUGGCUGCCUGCUUCUAACAUACUGUGCAAUCUCUCAUUAGUAUUAUAUCAAUAUUAUUGUGUUUUUUUAGAUCAAGAUUUUCUGAGUAGAGCAAACCUAAUAUAGAUGAGUAAUUAUUGCGGGGAUCUGUACUAGGCAUUGGAUGGUUACAGGUAUCAAGUAAUACCAGGUUUUUUAAAGGUCACAACUACAAACAAUUUCCACCAUAUCUUUCCUAUGGUCUGAAGUAUUUUAUCAUGGGAUGCCACAAAAGUGCUGGAGUGACUGGAGUUAUAGAGCAUGAUCUCACUCGUCCUGUUGCUUCUCACUGCCACUCAGUUGGCUGGAAAACAAAAGGCUACUACGCUUGUCUCUCACAAACAAAAACACAAACUUAUUUUAAUGGAAAUAUUUCCAGUCACAAAAAAAACAAGGGCAAGAUUGGUGUAGAAAUCAAAGUACAUGGUUGAAAAACUACAGCUGGCAGGUUAUGAGCAGCAUUUGUGGCUGAAGACUGGCUACCGGAGCAGAUAGCCCAGCUAACUAACCCUCUAAUAUUACCAUAUUAAGUUCCAAGUGUUUGUCUAUGAAGAGCAAAAUGACAAAAAGGUGCAAUACUAUGUGUAUUUGGGACUUGAAAACUGCUAAAUUUGUGUCGAGAUCUCCAGGUGUUUGGGUUUCGGUUUUCUUGGUGUGUGUAUUUGCUAUGUUCCUGUUCACUUCAUUUUUCAGAGUUUAUUAUUAUUUAUUAGUUCAGGCUUUUGUGUUUGGUUUUAAGUUUUAUGUUAUGUUCUUUAUACAUUUAGGAUUAUCCCUCUUCGAUCUCUGUUGUCUUUCUCCUCAUGUCUUCUAGCUUCUUUGGAUCUCUGUUCAGAUCCACUCAUGUUAAUUAAUCUUCUACCCUCACCCUUAGCCACAAUGCAAUUAUGUUUAUUCUACUCACCAGUGCUAUCUCGUUCUUUUCAUCACCUCCAACUGUUCCACCUCCUUUAAAAGUUUUUUGUUUGUCAUCGUUCCCCGUUGGAUAAUACUGUUCUGUUCAUGCCAUGCCUGUUUUUUGCCUGUAUCAAUGCCUGCCUCCUUUUGUUCUAAUUCAUUAAACUGUUUCAACUCACCGUGCUGCUUCUGCAUGCCUGUCUGCAUUUGGGUGCAUCUUCAAGUACCACACAUCAUUACAAAUUUGAAUAUAUUUGUUGUCUUAAUACUACAAUAUUUGGAAAAAAAGGUUUUUUCUUAAGGUUCUGAUGCUACGUACAACCCAGCCAAUGCCUAGUCUGUAUUUAGUUAACAUUCUUCAAUGGGAAUAUGUUGUCUAUUUAGUGCAAUGUGUUUAUAUGCCUUUGUACACUCCUCGUGAAUCUAAGGCCUUGUAUUCUAGAUAAAAGUGUUCUACAAUGUAUAUUUUUCAUAGGCAUGAUGACCAGAUUGCAGUUACAGUUAUUAAAAUAUAAUUUAAUAAACUGUAUUAUCAAAUUUUAUUCUACAUGUUUUUGUAACAACUUCAUGCUUCAGUUAAUUAUGUCUCUUGCUAGUAUUUGCACUAGUUCUUAAAUAAAAGCAGUCUGAGUCUUAA